CCAGGAGCAUAGACACUAUUUGUUCUCUCGAUCUGCAUUUUAUCGAGUGGCAGCAAAGGAACCGGUGAAGGGUCAGGUCUCACACUGGGAAACUCCUGCUGAUGAAAGCGUAGCAGGCAAUGCAAGUUGGGAGAGGCCCCCCUCCCUCUGUGUAAGGCAAUAAGCCUCAUGACGGGUCAGCUUUUGGUUCACCUGCUUGACACCUGCCUGAUGUUGGGGUCAAGGGGACUCUUGGGCCAGGAGCUGGGAAGGAAAGAACUUUUAGGAGGUACAAGGCUCACCUGUUCCAUCCACAAACAACAGCUAGGCAUUCAUUGGCAUCUAAUCGGUAGUUCAGCCCAAACAGGAAGGUAUUUAGAGGUUUUUUAGAGGAUGCUCCCCAAUUUACACGAUUUCACUUACGCACUUGGGGGCCCAGAACAAAAACCCUGCAUAAGUGUGGGGGGGUGCUUGUAUAUCUCACAGAAGCUGAAAUGUGAACUGCUGUUGAUGAGAAGAGCCCAGCCGGAUCAGAACAAGGCCUUUCUAGUCCAGCACUAGACGUGGGUGGUGCUGUGGUCUAAACCACUGAACCUCUUGGACUCGCCGAUUGGAAGGCUGGCGGUUCGAAUCCCCGCGAUGGGGUGAGCUCCCGUUGCUCUAUCCCAGCUUCUGCCGACCUAGCAGUUUGAAAGCACACUAAUGCAAGUAGAUGCAUAGGUAUCACUGCGGCAGGAAGGUAAAUGGCGUUUCUGUGCACUCUGGCUUCUCUCAUGAUGUUCUGUUGCACCAGAAGCGGUUUAGUCAUGCUGGUCACAUGACCCAGAAAGCUGUCUGCGGACAAACGGCAGCUCCCUCGGCCUGAAAGCGAGAUGAGCACCGCAACCCCGUGGUCGCCUUUGACUGGACUUGACCAUCCAGGGGUCCUUUACCUUUUUUACCUUACCUUAGUCCAGCAUUCUGUUUUCACACAGUGGCCAACCAGAAACCCUUGACAGGCCCACCAAGUUCUGGGAUUGCUCGUUGAUAAAUAUGGUUUACAAGUAUUAAAAGGCCUACCGUUCCUGAUCCUGAUUUAUUAAUAUGCUGCUUUUCCACCAAAAAAUAAUGCAAGGAAUGUUCUGAGCAGGGAGCAGGAAUCCUGUCUCUGCUCAAAUGUAUGGGGCAAGAAUGUUAGUGUAUAGCAGAGGCAGGGGGUGUUCCUAGCCUGCUGAAAGGAAGACCCUGCCUGAGGGAGUUCCCAUGUCCCCCCACUUCCCUGGAGUCUCUCCAGGAAGGGGGUCAGAAAUUCUGAUGGUGAAGAAAGCUUGAUUCUCCCCAGGUCCACAACUCAUGCAGAAUGCAGUUGGUCCCUUACCUUUCCCGCCCCGACCUGGCCACAGUGAUCCAUGCGACGGUCACCUCCAGGCUUGACUACUGUAAUUCGCUCUACGCGGGGCUGCCCUUGAAGCUGUCCCAGAAACUCCAGCGGGUGCAGAAUGCUGCAGCGAGGCUCCUCACGGGGUCUCUGCCAUGGGAGCAUAUUCACCCAGUGCUUUUCCAGCUGCACUGGCUCCCGGGGGAGUACAGGGUCAGAUUUAAGGUGCUGGUUUUGACCUUUAAAGUCCUUUACGACCUAGGACCCUCGUACCUAUGGGACCGCCUCUCCUGGUAUGCCCCACGGAGGACCUUAAGGUCCAUAAAUAGCAACACCCUAGAGGUCUCGGGCCCUAAGGAAGUCAGAUUAGCCUCAACCAGAGCCAGGGCCUUUUCAACACUGGCUCCGGCCUGGUGGAACGCUCUGUCUCAUGAGACCAGGGCCCUGCGGGAUCUGAUUUCUUUCCUCAGGGCCUGUAAGACAGAGUUGUUCCACCUGGCCUUUGGCUUGGAGUCAAUUUGAUUCCCUCCCCCUCUUUCUUUUUUCCUUUCUCCUCCUGUGAUGAGGCUGCAUUUUAAUGUUUUAAUGUUGUAUUUUAAUCUUGUUUUUAAGUUGUAUUCAUUCAACUUGUUUUUAUUAUUGGUUGUUAGCCGCCCUGAGCCCGGCCUUGGCUGGGGAGGGCGGGGUAUAAAUAAAAUUAUUAUUAUUAUUAUUAUUAUUAUUAUUAUUAUUAUUAUUGAGAGUUGGGCAGGAACUCCAUUGCGGGGAAGAACAGAAAAACACAGGGGCUGCUUUGGUGGAUCGGGUCAAGGUCCUGGAUAGGCAUGCAAGUGCCAACAGGAGUCAUACGGAUGCCUUCCGAAAGCCCCAAAACAAGGGCAUGAACCUUCCCUGUCAAUACAGCGUCUGGAAAGGAAAAAACUGUAUCCUGCCACAGUGCAUGGAGGUUUGUUCAGCUUUCCUUGCUAAUAGCCACCAAUAGGCUGAGAUUCCUGCAUGAAUCUCUCUGUUCCUAAGAAUGUCCCUUGCACGUGGUUAAUAUUCAAUGCCAUUGCACAACUGCCUGUGCUUUGUUGUGCAUAUUUCGGGGAGGAGUGGCCCCAGGGCUGUGCAUUUUCUUGGCAACUCUUUUUGCAAUUGUGCGGCAGGGCUGUGUCCUCCCCGCAGAUUAGCUUGGGGCGUGUAAUUGGCUCAGUGGCUGAGCAUAAAGCCCAGGGAAAGCACCUCCUGCUGGGACAGACUACCAGGGGUCCAGGGCUCCGGCCAGGCAGAAUCCGAAGAGUGUGUGUCAGUGGCAGGUAAGAGAAGCCCUAUGCCUCUGAGAUACAGGGUGCGGGCAUCACUCUGCAGGUUGGAAGAGGAUAAUGGAAAGGGCAGUCCUUAGGCAGACAGUAAACAAUUAGUUAAUCCACUGGGUCAUGAGAAGAGAGUGGAAAGAGAUGGGGGUGGGGACUGAUUAGGGUAUGGGUAGGCAAACUAAGGCCUUUGGGCAGGAUGCGGCCCAAUCGCUUUCUCAAUCCAGCCCACGGACAGUCCAGGAAUCAGCGUGUUUUUACAUGAGUAGAAUGUGUCCUUUUAUUUAAAAUGCAUCUCUGGGUUAUUUGUGGGGCAUAGGAAUUCGUUCAUGUUUUCCCCAAAAAAAUAUCGUCCAGCCCCCCACAAGGUCUGAGGGACAGUGGACUGGCCCUCUGCUGAAGAAGUUUGCUGACCCCUGGAUUAGGGGCUCAUAUGGUCAGACUCUGGCGUAGCAAGGGCUGCAAUGUCCUAAGAUUGAGCCCUGGUCAUUAUUGGACUGAAAUAAUUUUUUCCUUCACAGGGGUGGGAUAAAUAAAUCCCUUCCCCUUUCACGUUCCUGGAAUAUAGCUCCUGCUUUGCUUUUCAUGAAUGCACUCCCCCCGCCCCCACUCCAAGGCAGAUGGUUGUACAAAACAUUUCAGGGUGUGAUCCUGCUUGUUCAUAUAAUAUCCAUCCCAAAACAGCAGGGGAAGGGUUUGGGAGGGUCUCUGGAAGCUGCAUGUUAAUAUCCUUCAUGGCUGCAUUUUUCUGUACAGGGCUCCCAAUUUUUGUCUAUUGGAAGAGGUAGUUAUUCCUGCCACCCGUUGUUGGGGAAGGAAUCAAAUUCCCUGCUACCAGAAGCACUACCUAGGGAAGGAAUAGGUGCUUAGUUGGACUCUGGCCUGCGUUUCAGAUCACCUGUAUAAAAAUCAGGAGGGGUUUUUUUUUCUCCAGCCAGGAUUUUCAGGUCCGUGUCCCAGCAGGUUUCUUUCAUCCUGGCAUUUUCACUGGGAAACCUCUGCAUUUUACCUCUGAAUCGGAGCAAACGGCAAUCCUUGGGAAGCCUGACUGCCAUUUGCUCCAAUUCAGUGGUCAAACGUGGGUUUUCCUGCUCGGACAUGGAUCUGGAAAUCCUGGACUUGUGCCUAAAAACAUGGCAUGAAAGGAAGUGUGGAAGAGCCCCAGGUGCGAGGGAAGGAGCCAGGGAAGGGCAUAGAAGAGUGCAGAAAAUAUUUGGCCCUGUGCUAACCCCCUUCUCCACUGGCUCAGGGGUUAGCACAGGGGGAUCAGCAAACUUUUUCAGCAGGGGGCCGGUCCACUGUCCCUCAGACCUUGUGGAGGGCCGGACUAUAUUUUUGCAGGGGAAAUGAACAAAUUCCUAUGCCCCACAAAUAAUGCAUUUUAAAUAAAAGCACACAUUCUACUCAUGUAAAAACACGCUGAUUCCCGGACAGUCUGUGGGCCAGAUUUAGAAGGCAAUUGGGCCGGAUCAGGCCUCCGGGCCUUAGGUUGCCUACCCAUGGGUUAGCAGGUAAGAGAUGGAGGAGGAGGUAAGGAAGCUGCAGAGAAACCCAACUCCAGCGCCCUUUGGCACCCUUUGAUUCCAUUGCCAGGAGGGGGAGCCAUCACCUCAAUGUUUCUUGAGAUCAGGCCAUGGGUGUAGUGGGAACCGGCACAAAAGAGAUGAAUGCUUUUGUUCAAGGUUUCUGUUCUGUUUUAUUUUUUACAAAAAAAGAGCCACACCCUGGCCUGGAUGAGCACCGAAACUCUGCCACUGCCUCCCCCAGCUGCUGGGUUGUGCCACAGAGACCAGGAGAACUCCAGGGUGGAUGCAUUCAGGGACAUGGUGGAAAGUGGGACUAUGGCUGAAAAUGUCCCCAUAGCCACCCCACCCGACGACUCCUUGGUCCCCUCGCUCGAUGUUGCCACUGGCUCCCUUGCCAAAGACAAUGUGCUGCAGGAACCGUCCACCUCAGGACAGGAGGGCAACCAUUUUGAGAGGGGCCCCCCAUCUCCAGUCAAGCCUCCAGAGGGGACUGAAAUGGCAGAGAUCUCCACGUCACCAGACCAAGGGCAGGAUGACAACUAUUCCACUCACCAGGACAAGACACCAAGUCCCUCCCCAGAGCAACCGAAUGCUGAGGAUGCUGGAAGCCUGUUGGCCCAAGGGGGACAUGGCAGCCAAUCUGUGUGUUGUGACAAGAUGCCGGGUGCCCAGUGUCCUACUGGGACCUUGGAACAGCAGGUGCAAGGGGAGGAGGCCGGUCUGAAUCACUGCCAUGAGAAGAACGGAGCUGGGCCCACUGACUCCUUGAAGCAGUUGGGGCAUGGCCAAGAAGAAAAAGGAACUCUUCUUCUUCAUUGUGUGGAGACCUCAGGUGUUUCUUCGGACCAACAGAACUCCACCAGGACCUCAAAUCAGCUGGACGUAUGGGAGGAGAGUGGCAUUGUGGGUAGUCACAGCCAGGAUCCUGCUUCAGAAUCUCUAGAGGAACCUGAACUUGCCACCGCUGCAUCCUCUGAGCCAACCAGCAUCUCGCUUCCGGGGACCAAUUCCCCAAAGCAGUCAUGGGAGGGAGAUUGUUUGGUCUUUCCCAGCCACCAUCCUAGCUCCGCUCCCUGUGCUGAGCAUCAGGAGACGUUUGACAUUGCCAGCGUUGAUCAAGACGUAAAACCAGGCUGCUCGGAAACGGUAGAGGCUGGCAAGGAGGAACGCACGCCCAGGGAGCUGGGUGAUCAGUCCCAAGCUGCAGAGGAAUAUCUGGGUAACCUGAAUGGGCAGUUAUUUGGGGAGGGCUCGGUAGAUCACUCCCAAACAACGGAGAAGCAAGAUGCCGAAGAUGCUGAACGCACCCCUGCCGGACUUUCACUGGCAUUGAUAGACUCUCAGCCAGAUGUUGGCACCUAUUGCCAGCAGAGGGCAGCAGGCACAGAUGGCGACACUCCCCUGCAGGCAGCGCCAAGGCAGUCUCCUGUGGCAACCGGUGACUCCUCUGGACCUGCCCACUGGGGCCUGGCUCCUGACUGUGGCAGGCAAGAGAGGGAAGGACUGGCUUCUGAGGAAUCGAGCGGAGCCGGCAACGACAGCCAAGCCCAGGGUGAGGCUGGAGCCAAGGCUGCGCUGGAAUCUGAGAAGGGAGAGGAGGCGUCCAGCAGCGCUGGGCCCGGGGAAGCCACCUGCGUGCCGGAGAGUGCAAAGGACCUAGCCGGUGCCAAAGAUCCAGCCGGAGAAUCACCUGGCUUGGAAAGCCCGACUGGCACAAGGGAUCCAGCUGGUCCCCAAGACCAAGCUGGGACCAUGGUGCUAGCUAGCGCUGAAGAUCCACUUGGGGCCAGGGACAGAGCAGGCUCUCAAGAUUUGUCCAGCACCACAUGCCCAGUUGCUGUUUCGGAGCACGACACUUCCAGUCCGAAACCUGGAGACCAGUCGCUACUUGGUGCCAGGGACCCUGCCAGCGCAGAAGACCUGGUGAGCCCUGCAGACCCGGUCUGUGCCACAUCCACGCCCAGCAGGCCCUCUGGGACGGGCGGCAUGGACUGGACGGGAAACACCGCGGAGCAUACAGAGGCCCUGCACCCUGCCACCGAGACCCCGAUCGAGCGAGAGAUCCGUCUCCACCAGGAACGCGAAGAGCACCUGCGGCGGCAAAGGGGCCUGGCUAGCCCCUGGGGCACUCAGGAGUAUGUGGAGGUGCGCAUCAGGCCUAUCCUGAACCAGAACGUGGGGCCCCCCAUGCUGCCCAAAGAGAAGGAGCGCCAGUGGGCCGGGGUUCAAAUGCAGAGGGAGAUCCAGAGGGAAUGUCAACGUGAAGAGGACCUGGUCCAGCUGGGGAAGGUCAGGGGGGCCUACGACCGUGGCACCCCGCAAGAGAUGCAGGAGAAGAUGAUGAUUUUUGAACAGCAACCCAGCCCAGAACCUCCGGCCCCCAGGAAGAUGCUGUGCAGCAGCCCCAGAGGGGCGAGGGGUCUCUCCUUUGCGGAGGCCAACAGCACCGCCAACAUGGUCAUCGUGGACUCUGGCGCUCUGCUGCGAGCCCAACGGCCGCUGGCCGAGAGAACCCCUGCCUCGGCCAACCCCUUCUUCUGCUUGCGUGCCAAAAGCCCCCAGUCUCUGCUGGAGCAGGAGGUCCAAGAAGCUCAGGAACGAGAGCGGGAGUUGCAGAGGCAGAGGCACAACCUGUACGGCUCAGCGUUGCCCUGCCAGGCUGCAGAGGCCUCAGCUCAGGAUGAGGAGACCCCCAGCCAGCCAGGUAAGGGGCAAGGUGCGAUGAGCGAGUGUGGGGAAGAGGGAGAAUGGGGGUCACCCGCUGGGACUGAAGGGCCAUUCAUUCAGGACUGGGAAAAGGAAGCGCUUCUUCGCACAACACAUAAUUGACGCAUGGGCUUGGUUUACCGUAAGAUGUAUUCGUAGCCGUUGGAUUAGUUGGCCUUAGAAUGAAACAGGCAAACACACGGAGGAAAGCUCAAUGGAGCCUCCAGUUUCAGAGGCAGCGCACUGCGGAACACCAGUUGCAAGGUUAGAUUUCAGACCACAGGGAAGGGCUGUUGCUGUAAUGGCCUCCUUGCUGGACUUCCCAGAGGCAUCUUACUGGCCAUUGUUGGAAACAGAACGCUGGGCCAGAGGAAGCCUCUUGGUUACUUUUACGUACAGUGGUACCUCGGGUUAAGUACUUAAUUCGUUCCGGAGGUCCGUUCUUAACCUGAAACUGUUCUUAACCUGAGGCACCACUUUAGCUAAUGGGGCCUCCUGCUGCCGCCGCGCCGCCAGAGCACAAUUUCUGUUCUCAUCCUGAAGCAAAGUUCUUAACCUGAGGUACUAUUUUUGGGUUAGCGGAGUCUGUAACCUGAAGCGUAUGUAACCUGAAGCGUAUGUAACCCGAGGUACCACUGUACUUGUGAUAGCUAAGUGGGAUUCUUACAUUCAGAUUUGGCAUUGUAUUCAAAUCUGAAUGUAGAAUUCCUACUUGACUAUCCUGAGUCCCUGUCGGGGAAAAGGCAGCAUAUGAAUAAAUAUAUAAUGGUAAUAAUAAGUACAUAAAAGGGACCAAGGGAGUCCUCUUGUAUUCGUUUCCAUAUUUACUGCAUAUGCAUCCAACUGUUCCGCAAAGGAGCCUGAGGCAGAGCUCUCCCCAUUCUAUGUUAUCCUUACAAGCAGGUGAGGCUGAGAGACGGCGACUGGCCCAAGGACGCCAGGUGAGCUGCAUGGCUUAGUGGGGAUGCGAAGCUUGGCCUCGCAGGCUCAAUAUUCUAACCACUGCACCAUGCUGCUGGGACAAGCGGCAGGAUCAUUACCUUUUCAUGCCCUGCUUGUGGGCUUCAGAAAGCACCUUGCUGGCCACUGUCAGAACCAGGCGGUUCCAUUAGGUGGACCUUUGGUGAAGUACACCAGAGCUCUUCUUACGAUCGGUGAUUUUAGGAGUAGCUCUGUAGAAAGGCAAAGAAUGCUAUGGGAUCUUAAAAGACUGGCUCCUUUCUUGUGUGGCAUCAGUUUUCACAAGCAAGGUGGGUUUUCUUUUUCCUGUCUGGUGCCAAAAGGUGAACUAAGAAGGCUGUAUGCAUAUACAAAUGCAGGGCUUGCGUAAACAACAGAAGCUGUUGCUUGGAACAGUAAUAUUUCUGGAGUGAAGCAUAUGGUCUAGAAACUUGCUAUUUGCUUUUGAAAGCUGACGUUCUUGGUUUUCUAGUAACAUGCCUUGCCACAGAACUCCCACGAAAGUCCUGUUUUGUAGGACAGAGCUUUCCAAACUGUGUUGCGACAUGUUAGUGUGCCGGCUGCAAUGUGCAGGUGUGUCGUGUGAACACGCCCCCACGCUCCUCCCGGGGCUGGAAAGGGGUUAUUUGAAGCUCCGGUUUGCUAGUAAAACUGAAUUACUGUGUCACGAAAGGAUGCAUGUCUGAAAAGUGUGUCGCCAAUACGAAAAGUUUGGAAAGCUCUGCUGUAAGGAAUAAAUAUCACUUCUAAGGACCAGCUCCAACAUUAGGCAGAGUGAAGCAGUGGACUCAGGCAACUAAAACUGAGUAUCAAGAGAAGGCAGGGAAUUGUUAUUUAAUGUUAUUGUACUUUUACUGCUAAGGAGGAAGAGAGGCACUGGUGGUGUUUUCUGCCUCAGGUGCCAAAAUAACUUGACUCCCCUCCCCGUCCUCCACCAUAUCAUAGACCUUGCAGCAGCUCCACCUCAGGCAAAAAUUGCCUUAGUCCAGGAUUCUCACUUGCAAAAUCAUUAAGAUGCAAAGGGAUCAUGAAAACCACCACCCUUUCAGAUCACACCUGCACGGGCCUUCUGACUCACAUCCUGGCUCCAUAGCAGCAGGACCCAACAAUCAAAGGAUUGUGGCAUCUAACACAACAUUGAGCAUUUCCAUUGAAUCCGGGCGCACUUACAGCCCUGACCUCUGGCGUGGUUUACAAACUGAAGCGCUGGAACUUUCCAAUCAAAUCCCUAUCACUGGGUAACCUUGAGUUUGUUGCUUUGUACUCCGGUUCAUAAAGUGAAUGAAUGUGUGCAACUCAGAUAGUAAAAAAUUCCCCCUUUUUAACUUUUACUUUUACUUAUUCAAUUUAUAUACCACCCUUUAUCCAAAGAUCUCAGGGAGGUGUUCAAGAUUAGAAACGCAUUGCAAAACAUCAGUGACAAAAACAUAAGAAAAAUAUAGUAAAAAACAGACUGACAGACAGCCCAAUAGUAAAAUAAGAAGACCAGUCCUCUCCCCCACAUUUUAACAGGCCAUAGAUUAUUUAAUAGCCUUGUUGUUGUUGUUUAGUCGUUUAGUCGUGUCUGACUCUUUGUGACCCCAUGGACCAGAGCACGCCAGGCACUCCUGCCUUCCACUGCCUCCCGCAGUUUGGUCAAAAGUCCAUGGAGUUUUCUUGGCAGGGAUACUGGAGUGGCUUGCCGGUUCCUGCUCCAGGUGGAUCACGUUUGGUCAAAACUCUCCACUAUGACCUGUCCAUCUUGGGUGGUCCUGCACGGCAUAGCUCAUAGCUUCUCUGAGUUAUUCAAGCCCCUUCACCACAGCAAGGCAGUGAUCCAUGAAGGGGUUUAAUAGCCUUAGGCCUGAGUAAAGAGGAAUGGUUUUGCCUGGCAUCUAAAAACAUGUAAUGAUGGUGCCAGGCGAGCCUCUCUGGAGAGAGCAUUCCACAAUUGGGGAACCACCUCAGAAAAGGUCCGUUCUCUUGUUGACACCCUCCAAACCUCUGGGGUGGGGGAGGCAUACAGAAGGGCCUCAGACUACAAGUGCACAAAAAUACACUGAAAGCAGAGUAUGAAUCUUUCAGGCUCAUAGGACGUCCAGUUUUUCAUCUCCGAUUGUGUUAUUCAGGCUGCUUAUGGCCUGACGCAACCUGUUCUUGAAUGAAGAGAAAAAGAGACUGAGCGUGUGCUCUGUUGUCACCAUGGACAGGGAUGUAGGUGUCACAGAACUCUGCGUCUGGAUUUUGGGCCACAUUUCCCACUUGCCUUUGCACACAGAUGCUUUGGACUUCAACUCUCAUCAGCCCCAGCCAUAAAGGAGUUGUAGUCCAAAGCAUUUGCGGGGCAAAGGGGUGGGAAAGGGCUGGCAGAGAAAGUGUUCCCAGUGUCGUUCUUCUUCAUAUCUGCAUGCCCAGUGUUUGAAUAUAAUAACCUUCCUGGAAGGGCAAGUUCUUCUGGUAAGGUAGCCUGCCUGAAGAAGCAGAGUUUGGUGGCACCGUUCAAGGACAAAACAUUGCCAUGUACCUUCAUUAGAAGACAUCUGAAGGCAGCCCUGUUUAGGGAAGUUUUUAAUGUUUGAAAUUUCAUUCUGUUUAAUGUUCUGUUGGGAGCCACCCAGAGUGGCUGGGCUAUAAAUAAAUUAUUAAUUAUUAUUAUUAUUAUUAUUAUUAUUAUUAUUAUUUACUGUGACACGCUUAUUGCCAUGGAGGGUACACUAUCUGGAGCCUCUGCACCAAGGCCCAAAAUGAGUCGGGCCCUUGGCUAAGGGCUUGUGGGGUGAGCUGCAGCUGACCUACAGAAGUUAUCACACACGGCCAUUUCCUUGCCUCCUUGUAAGCUCAGCACCUGAGCCAAUGUGUUGUAAUGAGGGAUGUGGGUGGUGCUGUGGUCUGAACCACUGAGCCUCUUGGGCUUGCUGAUCAGAAGGUCGGCAGUUCGAAUCCCUGCGACGGGGUGAGCUUCCGUUGCUCUGUCCCAGCUCCUGCCUACCUAGCAGUUCGAAAGCACACCAGUGCAAGUAGAUAAAUAGGUACUGCUGCAGCGGGAAGGUAAAUGGCAUUUCCAUGUGCUCUGAUUUCCGUCACGGUGUCCCGUUGUGCCAGAAGCGGUUUCGUCAUGCUGGCUAUAUGACCCAGAAAGCUGUCUGUGGACAAAUGCCGGAUCUCUCGGCCUGAAAGUGAGAUGAGCACCGCAACCCCAUAGCUGCCUUUGACUGGACUUAACCAUCCAGGAGUCCUUUACCUUUUACCUUUUUAGCUUAAUGAUCAGAGCAUUGGACUAGGUAAAGGUAAAGGGACCCCUGACCAUUAGGUCCAGUCGUGGCCGACUCUGGGGUUGCGGCGCUCAUCUCACUUUAUUGGCCGAGGGAGCCGGCGUACAGCUUCCAGGUCAUGUGGCCAGCAUGACUAAGCCGCUUCUGGCGAACCAGAGCAGCGCAUGGAAACGCCGUUUACCUUCCCGCCGGAGCGGUACCUAUUUAUCUACUUGCACUGCCAUGCUUUCGAACUGCUAGGUUGACAGGAGCAGGGACCGAGCAACGGGAGCUCACCUCGUUGUGGAGAUUCGAACUGCUGACCUUCUGAUCGGCAAGCCCUAGGCGCUGUGGUUUAACCCACAGUGCCACCCACGUCCCACAAUUGAACUAUGAGUCAGUUCAAAUCCCCACUCAGCUGGGGUGACCCUAGGCCAGUCACUGUAUCCUACUGUGUCAUUCUAUUUGUGCAAGAGCUUCUGUUUGCACAGCAGAACUGCUGCUCCCUCUCUCCCUGCGUCUUCUGGGAUCCCCACCCAAGAUUUUCUUUGCCCAGGGCAGGGGGCUGUUGCAGAGAGAGGAGCUCCUGGUUAAGGAGAAAUGGGUUGGUGUCUGGUGGUAUGCACACUUUCUUGAGCUCCUUGGGGAAAACAGAAUGAUAUAGAUAGAUUAAAUAAACAAAUUAGGGUCCCAGCUGCACCAUGAGAACCUGGCAGCCAACAGAACCGGAAUGUGUACCUAGUGGGUGGUAAUAGUUUUCCUAGGCUGCUGUAGCAAACACAGGGUUGGUUGAAUUUUAACAGAGGCAAGACUGAAAGGGAAACCAGCAGGUGUAACCAGGGACAAGGAAAUGUCACGAGAGGGACGCAAAGGUUGUAAAACGGAAACUGGGAGAAACUGCUUUCCUGACAGGGAUGUGGAAAGAAUGUUCAGUUCCCCAUCUUCAGGGCCUGAAAGAAAACCCUUCCCUAAGGCCAUUGAUGUGGGUGGGUCAGUCCCUCUUGAGAAAAUUGCACUUUGGGAAAUGCAGGUGGCCAGAAGCACUCUUAUUCCUGACUGUUAGCCCUGUGUCACCGUUGAGAACUGUCCUUUGUCUCUGUCUCCUUCUCAGAGAGACCUUCCUGCAAGAAGCUGGACGUCACCUGGCCGCCUCCGAGCCCUCCGGAGACCUCUCAGGUGAAUGGCCUCCAUCAGGUAACAAGCGCAGGGGAGCAGUGCCCUUAUCACACAGCUAUGACUGGCGGCCUGUAGCUGUCCUCAGGAGCAGCACCGGCUGCCUCUGUGGGCCAACAAGACGCCUGUGGUAGAGAGCUGCCAUUUUACAGGGAAGGAGUUGGAGUAAAAAUAUCCUGCGACGCGCAACUCUAAAUCUCACUUGAAGCGUAAGCAUGAAAAGCAACUACCAAAUAGGCCUCAAGGUGUUGUUAUUUAGUCGUUUAGUCGUGUCCGAUUCUUCGUGACCCCAUGGACCAGUGCAUGCCAGGCACUCCUGUCUUCCACUGCCUCCCGCAGUUUGGUCAAACUCAUGUUAGUAGCUUCGAGAACACUGUCCAACCAUCUCGUCCUCUGUCAUCCCCUUCUCCUUGUGCCCUCCAUCUUUCCCAACAUCAGGGUCUUUUCCAGGGAGUCUUCUCUUCGCAUGAGGUGGCCAAAGUAUUGGAGCCUCAGCUUCACGAUCUGUCCUUCCAGUGAGCACUCAGGGCUGAUUUCCUUCAGAAUGGAUAGGUUUGAUCUUCUUGCAGUCCAUGGGACUCUCAAGAGUCUCCUCCAACACCAUAAUUCAAAAGCAUCAAUUCUUUGGCGAUCAGCCUUCUUUAUGGUCCAGCUCUCACUUCCAUACAUCACUACUGGGAUGCCUCAAGGUACCAGCGGGCAGAUAUUGGUCUGAUAUUAGUUCACAUCAUGAUUGCAAACAUGCAAUCCAUGUUCAAAUGGACGGCCUUAUUAUAACAACGGCCACACGACUGCUGACCUGUCUGGAUCCACACUUGCUCUCCAACCUGUGAAUGAAACCCAGCCAUCCAGCAGACAGAUUUUUUAAAAAUAAUUUUUAUUAAUUUUCCAUUUAAACAUAUAUAAUCACAUCGUUAUUAUCCACUUUACUUCUUUGGCUCUUUAGAGCCUGUCAGCUUCCUUCCCUCCCGCGUCUUGGCUUUCAAAACUAAGCUUUUUUGCACAGCAUUUUAUAUAUUUUCCAGUUCUAAUAUACCGUAUUUUUCCAUGUAUAAGACUAGGUUUUUUUCCUAAAAAAUAAUGUCAAAAACUAGGAGGCGUCUUAUACACGGGGCCAUCUCCCCCCAUUUUCUUAAAUAUGAGUCCCCAAAAAUAGGGGGUGUCUUAUACAUGGGGGUGUCUUGUAGACGGAAAAAUACGGUAACUCAUUACGAAAUAUCUAACAAUUUAAAUAAAUAUAGAAAGGUAAGAAAUUUCUCAUUACAAGACUUCAAAUAACCCUACUAGUGUUGUUAACUGCUUACAAUGAACUUUCAAAUAUUGCAUAAAUUUACUCCAGUUCUUUUGGAACACUUGAUCGCACUGGUUUCAGAUUUUUCCCAUCAGCUUCGCCAGUUCUGCAAAGUCCUUCAUUUUCAUCUGCCACUCUUCUUUCGUUGGUACUUCUUGUUGUUUCCAUUUUUGGGCUAAAAGGGUUCUUGCCGCUGUUUUUCCAUACAUGAACAGUCUUUUGUCUUUUUUCUUUUUUUGUAUCACCUACCAUACCGAGUAAAAAGGCUUCUGGUUUUUUAACAAAAGUGUUUUUAAACAUUUUCUUUAACUCAUUAUAUAUCAUUUCCCAGAAGGUCCUUACCUCUCUACAAGUCCACCACAUAUGGUAGAAGAUACCUUCCUUUUCUUUGCAUUUCCAACACUCGUUAGAUCUUGUCUUAUACAUUUUUGCAAGUUUUGAUGGUGUUAAAUAUGGUCUGUACAUCAUUUUCAUCACAUUUUCUUUAAGUGUACUGCAUGCAGUAAAAUUAAUACCUUCAUUCCACGGCCUUUCCCACAAUUCUAACUGAAUAUUAUAUCCAAAAUCUUUAGCCCAUUGUAUCAUCACCCCUUUAACCUCUUCAUCUUUAGUAUGCCACUCCAAAAGUAAUUUGUACAUUUUCGAUAAUAUUUUCCUCUUAUCAUCCAAUAAAUCUAUCUCCAGCCUAGAUCUUACUAUAUCAAAACCAUUUUUCCUUUUAUCUUCCUUAAACACUUUAAUGCAACCAAUCUGUCAAUAAUUCUUUUAUUUCUUCAAAUGUUUUUAAUUUUAACUGACUUCCUACCUCUGUCAACAAAUCUGUAUACGUGGCCCACUCUCCUUUCAUAUUUAACUUGUUUACUGCUAUUGCUUCAAUUGGAGAGAGCCACCAAGGAGUUUUACGUUCCAAUAAGUUUUUAUAUCUGUUCCACACCUCAUAAAUUGAUUUUCUUAUUGGGUGAUUCAGGAAUCCUUUAUACACUUUUACUUUAUCAUACCAUAAAUAUGCGUGCCAUUCAUAUUGGACUCUCUAGAGUUUUAGACCAAAGCCUCAGUCAGCCCUGGGGUGGAGGAGCUGAACUUUCAGUAUGCAAACCAUGUGCUGUUAUCUCUGAGUGGCAAACACACACAUACACACCACUUGCCCUUUUUUUUUUGUCUCCCUUGCUGUUAACAUUUCAACGGCAAAUUCCUUCAAAGAGACACUUGUUGUUUUGCUUAUGCUGCUCUGCAAAGCAGGUGCUCAUCGACAAAACUAUAUACGUUAUUUUUACAUAACAGCAAGAGCUAGAAUCCUAUUCAUUCAUUAUUUGCCGCUAGUAACUUGUGGUUAGCGACUGCUGUAACUCAGACUGCAAUCUUAUACACACUCUUCAGGCUGCAUAAUACAUUAAGGGCUUAAAAUGCAUCUAGGUCGUUCUUUUUCUCAAUUGGGAUUGAAGCUGGUUUUGCAGAAAGCACAUCAAAAUGCAGUGUUUCUUAAGCAACAACAGGAUAGACUCAGGGCAGGUAUGGAUUGUGACUUACAUGGUGUGUUCGCUGCUUCUCAAGCCCUGGACGCAGAGCAAAUGGAAUUGCGAAUAAAUUCCACUGAACUAAGAGCCAAGCUAGACAAUAAGUUAGCUAUGGCUGUGUACACACUUUUCUGUUUAUUCUGCAUCAAGUGCACUCUUACUGCUCGUUUGAGUAUCUGUGUACACACAACAUUAGCUACAAGCUAUAUCUAUCCUGCUGUUUGUUACGAAAUACUGCAUUUUGAUGUGUGUGUGUCUCCCACCACCCACAAACCAGCUUCAAUCCAAAUUGAGAAAAAGAAUGACCCUGCUGUGUUUUAAAUCGGUAAUGUGCACACCGUCUACAUGCAUGAGCAUAGGCAGGGGGGGCAGCUGCCCCCCUAAAUCAAGUAAAUAAAUAAAAAUACUUAACUAACUGACCAAUUGUGUCACAGAUAACUCUGUUCUGCCCCCGCCCCCAAUAAAUCCUGGCUAUGCUCAUGCCAACAUGCAUGGUCGAAGCCAGGAUUUUUGUUAAGGGGGCAGGUCUUUUGUGGGGGGGCAGAACAUGUAUUUUUAUUGAUUUUGGGAGGGCAACUGCCCCUCCCUGCCCCCCUGGCUACGCCCAUGCCUCCGUGUCUGGGCUUCUGCUUUAGUUCAUCCAAUUUGGAUAAAGGAGCCUGAUCUGGAUGCAGAUCCUAGUGUGAUGAGAGGAAAGGGGACUUUAUCCCUUCCCCACCCCUGUUGUGUCCGCAGUUUGUUUAAGAAAAGAGCUCUCAUUGAAGCAAUCAAGAGUCCCUCUGCCCAGCAUCAUCUGGGCAUGAGAAGUGGGAUCCAGAUCAGGAUCAAGAUUAUAGCACAGGGCUAAAGGGCUAAACCCUCGGCACCUCCAUCUUAUGAUUAGGAAUUGGUAGGGAGAAACCCUGCACUUAGAGGCACAGGUAUGUACAUAAGUGCAGGGGUCCCCAACCUUUUGGAGCCUGGGGGCACAUUUGGAAACCUCUGAAACGGUCAUGAGCCCCACAAAACAUCCAUUUUGCAGAAGACAAAUAGCAAGAUUCAGGAACAACCCCCCCCCCGAAACAUACAACAGGCAAAGCAUUUACAUGCCCACCCCCUCCAAAAAACCCCAAGCAGUGCAGACAACAAACAAAACUCUCCAAAGCUCCCAAAAUGCUUUUUUUUUAAUAAAAGAAGAAGAAGUAGUAGUAAACCUUUGGAGGGAUCCAGGGCCUUGGCAGAUGCCAAGCUGAUACAUUGGGCUUAUCCACACUUACUAUUUGCCCCUUUUGCCCAGGCACAGGUCCACACUUCAAAGCUCUGUGUCCGAGUGUUUUCUUCUUACCCCGAAGCUUUUCUGUGAGAACCUGCUCUUUAGUGCUCAGUCGGAGCAAGCAUCAGUUCUGGUUUUCUACAGAUUGCUGUUUGCUCCGAUUGAGCUUUAAAGAGCAGGUUUUCACGGGGAAAGCUCCACGGCAAAGAAAAGGGCGCUUGGACAUGGCGUUUUAAAGCGUGGACCGUGCCUGGAAAGAGCAGAGGAAAGGCAAAUGUGGAUAAGUCCAUUGUCUUGUUUGGCCCUAAUCGGAGCUCACGUCUGAGCAGGAAAUGUGUGUAUCUGCUUGCAAAGGUCAGACUCUCAAAUUAGUUUCUGAAUGUGGAAGGCACAAUACUUGACAGAGCAAUAGUUUGAUAGGCAUUCAUCAAAAGGUAGCGCAAUUAACUGGGACCAGGCAGAUGUUCUAAAGAGGGAAAACAAUACAAGCUCCCCCCCCGGCACUGUUUUCAGAAGGCUAAGGGGGGCAUGAUUUGGUUAAAAAUGGGGGAGGGGUAUGGGUUUUAUUAAGGACUCCCUACCAUUCCAUGAACAAUUCAAGCAUUAUUUCAGUGCACAGGGAAGCAGGGGUGUGUGUGUGUGUGAGGAUCCCAGCAGUGCUUGACUCUCUCUAAUUAACAUGUCCACAAUUCCGCUUGCCCCAUGCCAAGAAAGCUUUCCCUGCCGCUUUCCCUGGGAAAACCCACUCUUUAAUGCUAAAUCGGAACAAACAGCAAUCUGCAGAAAACUCAGUUGCCAUUUGUUCCAAUUCACCAUUGGACUAUGGGUUUUCCUGGUGGGAAGCGAGGAGGCAAAGGGCAGUGUGGAUGAGACCCCAAGAACUGCAAAAGAGCAACUCCUUCCUGUUUCAAUUAGGCUUGCAGAGGAAAGCUGGGAGGGGAGCGGUUGUGCUCCAUUGGCCAGGUCCCCUCAAUUUGUUUUGUGCUUUAAUGGCACGCACACACAAAUAUCCAGUGGAAACAAGCCUUGGUUAUCUUUCCUUUGCCUAUCUCGCUUUCAUAAAACACACACAUGACAAGCACACACUUCAAUGGGCUCAUUGUAAUGCAUUAAAAUUUUGUUUCCUUUGCUGCUGAUAAAUAGGGGUUGGCAAGCCCACUGAGCAUAGCAGCGCUGAGCCUGCCGUUCCUCAUUUCACAUGGCUGCAAAAUGCUGGCAGGACAGGAGGCAGGAAAACUUUGUAUCGUUCGCCUGCUCCUUGAUAUGGUAAAAGCCAGGCUGUUUUGUUUCUGAAAGCUAAAGGUCCCAUCUUGAAAAGGGCAUUAGGGGGCCUUCUGCACAGUGCCUGCCAGCGAGACCCCUUCCACACCCACAGGAUGGGGCAUAAAAAUCACCUCUCAGGUGCUGAACUCCUCCUGUGACACCUGAAGUGGCCCCCCGAUCCCCAGCUCAGCACUCCACCUGCUUUGCCUGCAGAAAGAAUCUGCCAAGCUUUCCAGCAGGGGAGAGAAAGGGGUCCUUGGAGCAGCUUCCAGGAAGAGAGCAGCAUUGGUGCCCCAUCCAGCCCAAAGGAGGUGCAUUCCUCCUAUCUAGAUAACCUUGCCUGCUUCUCAGAUUUUUUUUAGGGGGGGGCACCAAUACAGCAGAGACGCCUAGGACUUGCCGAUCAGAAGGUCGGCGGUUCGAAUCCCCGCGACGGGGUGAGCUCCCGUUGCUCGGUCCCUGCUCCUGCCAACCUAGCAGUUCAAAAGCACGUCAAAGUGCAAGUAGAUAAAUAGGCACCACUCCGGCAGGAAGGUAAACGGCAUUUCCAUGCGCUGCUCUGGUUCACCAGAAGUGGCUUAGUCCUGCUGGCCACAUGACCCGGAAGCUGUACACCGGCUCCCUCGGCCAAUAAAGCGAGAUGAGCGCUGCAACCCCAGAGUCGGUCACGACUCUGGACCCAAUGGUCAGGGGUCCCUUUACCUUUACCUUACCAAUACAGCUCCUUGCCAUGGGUGCCAGGGAUCCUAGUUAUGCCUCUGCACAUUCACCCCUUUUUCCUGGCCUGGAUCCCUUUUGCUUAGCUGUAAGGAGAAGUCCCCCGUCCCAAGGAGGUGUAUCUGCAAUAGGAGCCCUAGGGUGCUGGGACCUCACUGGAAGCCUGAUAGUGCUGCUCCCCAGGAUAACAGAAAAUUUACCUUUCUACAAAGUUAGCGCUCCACCACACUUCCCCUUGGCCUGUGCCUAAAAAGCACAGGUCUGAGUAGUUUUUUUACUUUCUAGGCACAGGUCUGAGCGGUUUCCCCUUUGCCCGGCUCCUUUCCCAGGGAAAGUUUGCUCUUUAGCUUUAAACUGGAACAAAUGGCAAUUCAUGGAAAACCCACUUGCCGAUUGAGCACUAAAGAGGAACAAGAGGUAGCAUGGGCAAGCCUUUAGUGAAAGUGGGUGCAGCUUCAGUUUUCCACCUCUGACACCAAAAAGUACUCUUUGUGUUUCAAAGACCCAAAGCAAGAAUGCAGACUCAGGAUCUCUUGAUAGUAAAGCCAGAGAAGAAGCCGCUUUGUACUGAGUCAGGCCAUUGGUCCAUCUCGCUCAGUAUCCCAGGCAGGGAUUGAACCAGGAACCUUCUUUGUGCAAGGCAGAACCUCUACCAAUGGGCUCUGGCCCUUCACACUAAUCAUGUGGGUUAAGGGAUUCUGAGCAAACCCAAGUUAUUAGAAGUAACUUGCAGGAGCAGAUCAGAGCCUCCCUAAUCCUGGGGUGGGGGGGUAUAGUUUUUGUUUGUUGCUAUGGGCUUAUCCACACCUCCAUUUGCCCCAUUGCAAAUCAGAACAAACAGCAAUUGGGUUUUCUGCGGAUUGCUGUUUGUUCCGAUUUAGCGCUAAAGAGUGGGUUUCUCAGAGGAAAGCCAGGGGGGAGAUAAAACUGCUUUGACCCAUGCCCAGAAAGCACGGGACAAGCCAAAAUGUAGACGAGCUCUCUGUUACGUGUUUUUGUGUUUUUAUAUUGCAAACUGGCCUGUGAUCCUCAGAUGAAAGGCGGUAUAGAAAUUUAAAUAAAGAAAUAAAUAGUCCAGUGUUCUUUGCAAGAACCCCAACAGUCAGCAGGAAUCAGGUUCAUCAGAAACGAGGUAGGUUCCAUGCUCUAUCUUUUGCCUACAGCUGCUGUUAAUAUACACUUGAACUUAGCCAAAAGGCUGAGAAGCUGUAAUAUCAAGGCAGGCACUGAACAGGACUUGGAUUGCCAGUUCGCAUUUAUCUCUACCUCUUCCCAUAGCAACCCCUACCUUGGGCAGUUCGUUUGAGAGCAAACAUAUCUGAAUUCAAUAUAUUUACCAACAAUGUGCGAAAACUCCAUUAUAUGAUUCGGCAUGUCUUUCAUCUCAUGAGAAAGCAUUACGGCUUUCACUCCAAUUUUAAUAAACAAGAUGCCUGAUACCAUUUGGAUUUUCAGCAUCAGGCACUGAAAUGUUUUAGACAUCAAUCAGACUGCAAUCCUAAACUCAAGUCGUAGGGAGUAAACACUACUUACUUCAAAGGGAGCAUGCGUAGGAUUGCAGCAUGCAUGCUUUCGAAUUCGUCCUAGCACAAACCACAACGUAUUGUUACAUCUUAAAAUUUAGCUCGCUAGUUGUGAUUUGUGAGUGCUUUUUCUUUCCUUUUUAAAGGGACAGCCACCUCCACCAAAAGCAUGAAAAAGUUUUAAAUUUCAGCAGAAGAAUGGGGUGGGUGAAUUAAGAAUUGUUUUAGGUGUGGGGCUCUGCUCCCUAAGUCCUUGAGUGUAAUAACUGGGCUCCGUGGAACUGCCCACAGGGCAUGGGGCAGAACAAUUUUCCUACUGAAGCAAUAAGUGUUUCUUUGCAGAGAAAUUGGGUCUUCAGUCUUUUCUGUUCAGAAACAGCCGCACCCACCCAGAGCCUCAAGUCCUUUAUCACUAAGCAGAGAAAGCUCUCUGCCCCAGCCUUCACCCUGCAUGUUUCCUCACUUUCUGUGGACUCUCGCUCACUUUCCCCACUUUCUCUCUCCCCUCAUUUAACCCCACAGCCGGAGAGAAGCCCUCGAAUCCUCCGCCGACAGAGGAGUGCCUUAAUCCAGCGCUGGGAGUCAGGAGCUGUUGGCAACCAGGACAGUGAAGAUUAGGGGGCUGCCUCUGCAAGAAAAUCCACUGGGUCUCGUCUCCAGUGCAAAAGACACAAGGGCCCCCCUGUGCCUCCCCCAAACUUGCACAAAACAUAACUCACGGUGCACAUGUCGAGUGCACCUCUGGAGCCGACCGUGUAUUCUUUCCACUCCGCCUUUCGAUUUGACCAAAAAAAAAGUCCAAAAGCACGUCUGCACAACCAGUCUGAUCACAAGGCAGAAAUAGCAUUUAUAACCGGCUGCCUUCUUCCAAAUUUUAUCCUGGAACAAAGAGGAGAAAGAUUUAAGGGAUGGGCUCCAAAGCAUUACAGUUCAUUUUAGUUCCUUUUUUUAUGUAGGUAACACCUGCUUGGACACUGAUUUCUCAACCCAAGGGCUUUCCAAACACAGGUUUCCCCUACAUUUGGUCUACAUUUGGCCACCCCACACCGAAGUGUACGGGUGGAUCCAUGCGCAGGAGCAGCUACACUUAAGUGAAUGUGUAGGAGCUGUCCCAUGCCAGCAGCAUCUUUUCCUGUUGUGGUCCAGUUGUUUAUGGGGAAGCGCCAUAGCUCCAUAGUAGCAGAGCACCUGGCUUGCAAGGAGAAAGUCCUAGGUUUAAUCCCAGGUAGGGCUGGGAGAGGCUCCUGCCUGGAGCCCUGGGGAGGUGCUGCCAGUCAGUGUAGACAAUUCUGAGCUAGAUGGAACACAGGUCUGACUCGGUGAGGCAGAUUCCUACAUUCCUAUGUUUAACUGGCUGCAGAGGGCCAAUAAUCUGGGCAGACUUGUGCCUUUGGGCAUCUCAGGUGACUUGCGACUGUUCCCCCAAGACUUCUUUCAUCCUCAGAUUUGACCAAGUCACAUGUGGGUUUUGUCCCUGGGUAUUCAAACUUGUGUACAAACAAGUAUUGUAGGAACAAGCCCACAGGCAGUUGAUACUGCUACUACUGGGGAUGAAAGAUGGCAAUUUUUUUACUCUGGGGUAGUAUGCUUUGCCACUGACUCUCUUUUUCAUUCAGCAAAAUAAGAAUCAGACAAGAAUCUUUCAAUGAAAAGAGCUCCUUGAUUUUGUCUACGCCAGCAAGAAUUAAAAGUAAAUCGAACGGGAGUGACUCCAGAUUGUUGCCUUUUGUAAAUGCUACAAGAACAUUGACCUUCAACAAAUGGAGAGAAAGAGUCUCUUAGCACCUUUGAGGGGAAGCCCUGCCUCAGUUCCCCUCAGUGAUGGGGGGCGGGGAGAACCAAUGGGGGAAAGCUGGUUGCAAGCAGGGUAGUAAAAGCCACCGUGGGAAUUUCUCAGAGAAAAGCAGGGAAAUUGCUAGAAAGAUAUCACAAGGAGAAAGUCUGAAAAGCGAUGAACAACAAAGCGCAAAGAGCCUUUUGUAAGCAGAAAAUUCAACCAUGCAUUAGUAUCAGAUACUUUUGCUUGUUACUACCAGAUAAUUUAUAACUGACCCUUCUGUUUCGGGGUGGGGGUGGAUACUGUUAAUGGCUUGUCCGUAUAAUGAAAGGCACAGAGUGGUAUUAAAUAACCUUGUUGAUAAUUCUGACUCAUCUACUGCAGUGCCAUAGCAGACCUGUGCCAGGAUCAAACUACAUGUUACCUUAAGCCCGCUUUUUAAAAAGCGUGCCCACCCAACCCAAAACAGCAGCUGCAUGAUUCCAACUGCAGCGAGAGGGGGUUAAUCCCUUCACCCCCAAAGCUGUUUUACCACCACAAAUGCCUCUCAGCUGCUCAUUCCCUCCCAAGGAUCUGUUUCCAGUGGGGAAAUGGUAGGGGGAGGGAAGUAUUGCCCCUCCACAGUUUCCAAUUCAUUUUUAACAAAAAUGUUAACUGGGCAUUGUUAAGCAUGUUUUGUUUUUGUUUUAAAGUGUUUAACUUCUUGCAAUUAAAACAGCUGCCUAGCCUUAGGCUUGCAAGGUGCACUGUGACAUAAUAAGAACUGCCACAGGUCUUAUAAUAUGAUGAUGGGCUGUUGCUCAGCUGUUCUGACAUCUGGCAGUCAGAGCCUUGGGUGAGACUGCUGACUGCCAUGGGAAAGCAGGCUAGAUUUGAACUGUCUUGGCUACUUGGGGUCUAAAUGAAAGGGGUUGAGCCGUCUUCAUGCCAUGGCCUUUUUGGAAAGACACUUCACAGAUACAAAUUAUCUGAAGGACCUUGGAGCCAUUCACCAGAAACAAACAUUACUUGUUGCUUAGAUAGCAGAAUAUUGCAAAAUCUCGAAGAAUAGCCGCCUCCAAUUCUCUUCAGACUUCAAGCCAUCUGACAACGAUUUCCUGUCCUUGAGAGAAGAACAGGGUGCCUGCUUUUGUUUCACCCCACAGAGGAAAUACAUCAAGCCCCCACCAAGAAGCAAAUUUGCAUAAAAGUUGCAUGUGGUGAUUUAUAGGUGUAUGGAUAAUUGCUACAAUAUGACCAGAAUGCAAUGCAUCUCACCAUAGUGAUCAAGAUGCUUAACUAGCUGUAAUUUAGAGGGACCAAUUUGCAACCAGAUUCCUUUCUGUAAGCAAUGGAAUUUCAGUGCGUUUGGGUGGCAUUUAGUGCGCUGUAAAAUAUAAAUGCGGGGUAGGCUGUCAGGCUUGGCUGUCUUAAUUAAUGUGGGCAUUUUAUGCACCAUAAAUUAAAAUAUAAGAACAGGAGAGGAGCUGGAGCCAGAUGCCUAGGCUGUUUCGCCCUGGCUGCCUCAACCACUUCAUUCUCCUCUGCCUUCUGUUUUGUGGCAACAGAAGGAAAAAUACGUCAACAUGAGUAGCUUAGGAAGGGAGAAGAGGCUUCUUGUUUCACUAGUCUGGAGUGGGGUGCAACGCGAAGGCUCAGGUUGCCUCUGUUAUUUUCCUGGUCUGACCAGUCAAACCACAUUCUGGUAGGUAUCAAAAGGAGUUAUGCCUUUCAGACCUGGCUUAGCAGAAAGUGCUACCCCAGGAUACCCACAACCCACGCAAUUCUUCCACGGUGCUCCCCAUCUCUUUUUUUUUUAAUGAUAUUUAUUAAAAGUUUAACAAUUACAGAAAAAAAGAGAGAUUAAAAAGUUACAAUACAAUACAUC